CACGGUCCUCAGUUGAAUUCCAUUGCCGUCCAUUAAAACAGCCGACUUGGAAAAUACAAUAUCAAAGUGUUCACAGUUAUACUAGAAGCUUGUAUGCUUAUAUACCUCCAAGGACUACAUAUUCAUGGAGCAAGGAUAUUGAGAAAAGAUCUCCGCAUGUGUAACACACGCAUCUUCGACCCUGUCGUGGCUAGCUGCAUUGCCUGGCAAAACGGAACAAUUGGUGGAUAAUUCUCCUCGUGACUUAAGUUGAGCAUAUUUUAUCGCUGAAAUACGUAGAAACUCGAAUGUGGUUUGUGUCAUGAGUCCAGCCGGGUGCUCCCAUGUGAACAGUUUUAAAGUGGAGAACUGGAAGCAGAAUCUGCGGGUCAUAUACCAGUGCUUUGUGUGGAGUGGCUCUGCUGAAACCAGGAAACGCAAGGCGAAGUCAUGUAUAUGUCACAUGUGUGGGGCUCAUUUAAAUCGACUUCACUCCUGUCUUCAUUGUGUGUUCUUCGGCUGUUUCACAAAGAAACACAUCCACGAGCACGCCAAAAACAAGAGACACAAUCUAGCUAUAGACCUUUUGUACGGUGGAAUAUAUUGCUUUGUGUGCCAAGACUACAUAUACGACAAAGACAUGGAACAGAUUGCCAAAGAAGAACAGAGAAAAGCGUGGAAGUUGCAAGGAAUUGGGGAGAAAUAUUCAAUGUGGGAGCCCACGAAACGAGAACUGGAGCUGUUGCGACACAACCCAAAACGGAGGAAAAUAACGGCAAACUGCACCAUAGGACUGAGGGGUUUGAUAAACCUUGGGAACACAUGCUUUAUGAACUGUAUCGUUCAGGCUCUCACACAUACUCCGCUGCUGAGGGACUUUUUUCUGUCCGACAGACACAAGUGUGAGAUGCAGUCCAAUUCUUGUCUAGUUUGCGAAAUGUCUCAGCUCUUUCAGGAGUUCUACUCGGGUCACCGUUCUCCUCACAUUCCCUUCCGCUUGCUGCAUCUCGUGUGGACCCAUGCUAGACACCUCGCUGGCUACGAGCAGCAGGACGCACACGAGUUCCUCAUUGCUGCUUUGGAUGUGCUGCAUAGACACUGCAAAGGAGAUGACAAUGGGAAAAAAGCCAACAACCCAAACCACUGCAACUGCAUCAUUGACCAAAUCUUCACAGGAGGCCUGCAGUCUGACGUGACCUGCCAAGUGUGCCACGGUGUUUCUACGACAAUAGACCCAUUCUGGGACAUCAGUCUGGACCUGCCGGGUUCUUCCACUCCCUUCUGGCCCCUAAGCCCGGGAACUGAUGGUAGCGUGGUGAAUGGAGACAGUCACCCCACUGGAGCGACCACACUCACAGACUGCUUACGCAGGUUCACCCGACCUGAACACUUAGGAAGUAGCGCCAAGAUCAAAUGCAGCGGUUGCCAUAGUUACCAGGAGUCCACAAAGCAGCUGACAAUGAAGAGACUUCCGAUCGUGGCAUGCUUCCACCUUAAACGGUUUGAGCAUUCCGCAAAGCUCCGUCGAAAGAUCACCACCUAUGUGUCAUUUCCUCUUGAGCUGGACAUGACACCCUUCAUGGCUUCCAGUAAAGAGAGCCGAAUGAAUGGACAGUACCAGCAGCAAGUAGAUUCAUUAAACAAUGAUAACAAGUAUUCUCUCUUCGCAGUGGUGAAUCAUCAGGGCACAUUGGAAAGCGGCCAUUACACCACAUUCAUUCGUCAGCACAAGGACCAGUGGUUUAAAUGUGAUGACGCCAUCAUCACUAAGGCCAGCAUUAAAGAUGUUCUGGACAGUGAGGGGUACUUGUUAUUCUACCAUAAACAGUUCCUAGAAUAUGAAUAAUUCCCAGAUCCAGAAGUGGUCCGAGACGAAUGCUGUGAAGGGAAGAUCAUAUGAGUGAAGGUGGGGUGGAAAACAGAAACAAAGCAGCAUAAAGCACCCAGCCUGACACUUGUUCAUCCCGGGAGAGCUAGCAAGAACAGAAGAUGGUUCAAACAAAAAAUGCAGCCUUUCUAACUAAAGAAAACCAUAACAACUAAAGAAUUAAAAAUAAAAUGACACCGCUAAACCAAUCUGCACUGAGCAACCGGAGCAUACUUGAUGGACGGAGAAAGAGAUGAAAGAGGAGGCAUUAAAGAUGAGGAGUCCUCCACCUAUUCUCUUUUCUCUCACUACAGAUAGAGGAGACAGACGGACGGACAUCUCAUUUAACCUGUUUUUAAAAGGAAUGGUUACAAUAUCCCACCACACCCCAAAAAGUUGUCAUCUUUUACUCAUCCUCACUUUGUUCCUCUGCGGAUACACAAGAGGUUUAGUGGACACUUAUUAUCAUUAAAUGAAAGUGUACAGGGACUGGCUGUGUCAAGCUUUAAUAUGGUAAAAAAUUGCAUUAAAAUGUCAUCCGUGGUUUACACAACUAUAAUUCAAGUGUUCUGAAGUUUUGCUGUCUAAUAGCUUUGUGUGAAAAAACAAUGCUAUUCACUUUACAUACAAGUUGUUAGCAAAACGGUCACCAAUUUUGUAAUUUCUCUCAAGAACAUUCAUGAAUGUGAAAAGAAUGCAAAGAUUUUUUUAUUAAAUUUCGCACAAAAUUCAUCAUUGGUGAAACUGAAGCAUUAACUCUUGGAAUAUAGCACCCAAGUUGCAUGGACCAUGUUUUUAUCAUCUCGGAGUUCGACAGCCCCAGUCCUCUAUGAUUUCCUAAUGUUGAAAAGCAGAAUAUUAAAACAUAUUUUAAAAAAUCUGUUUAACAGCAGUGAGUCAUAAAUGUGGAACAACAUAAGGGUAAAUAAAUGAUGACAGUUCUCAUUUUAUAGGAGCUCUAUUCCUUUAACGUCACAAUCUCAUUUUUCUCUUAGUUGUAUUUUUACCUAUCUGUUCUCACAAAGAUUAUGAAACAUUUAUGUACUUCACAGCACCAUUUAUCAUCCAAAUGUUUCAAGAAGUAUAUGAGGGAAAAUAUUCCUUUGUUUCUUUGUAUGCAUUAUUGAUGUACUGAAUACAAAAGAAAGACAAGAGGUAUUAUGAACUUUAAUGUAAUCAUAUAUUGUUAUUUCUUAGUUGAGUUUGGAAAUACCGUCAGUGUCCAGCACUUUUUUCUAUUUUUUUUUUCAUUCAAGAGUGUUUCAACUCUAUGGCCUCAUCUUUUUCACUUUCCUUUUUCGUUUGGUUGGGGGCUAAAAAUGUAUCACACACACACGUAAAUAUAUAUAAAUAUAUUUUUAUAAGUCAUUAAUUUCCUGUUUACAUGUCCUGUGUCCCCAUCACCGCCAUUCUCUUCUCUUAUAUGUGCUGUAAGUCUUCACCAUGAAUGGAAAGAAGGUGUUUCUGCGAGAGAUAUAGCUUUGCUGCAUCUUUGUUUUUUUUUGUUCAACAUGAAAGUUUCAGUUGCCGAUAUGUUGCUACAGGUAUGGUCGUGAAGGCUUGUCACGUUUCAGAUGCAUUGUGAAUGAAAAUUUGUUUUUCUUUACUUUCCUGUAAUGCCUGUUGCCAUCAUGGCUUGAUUCAGCAGUGUUAUUCUCAGCAAAAUGUUGCUCCAGUUGCGUGCGCGAGUGUGUGGGUGCGCACGUAUGCAUAUCUGUACACACCUCUGUAUAUGUGUACUACCUGAGUGUGUGUGUGCGCGCAUGCAGGUAUGUGGGCACCUGUGUGUUGGUGUUGUUAACGUGUGUGUGUGUAUGUGUGUACUGAAUCAGUACUCAAACUUGGCAUGCCGUUUGAACUGGAUGCUAAAAGACUGGGGAGGAUUUUAUAAAUGUUAAUUAUGUAUCUAUGUAUAGUAUGUAUGUAAUGUAUGUAAAACAAAUCGAUGGAAAAAAUUGUGGAAAAGGU